ACUCGGGUUAUCGGUCCGUCAUUGCAAAGCAAUAUCUCUCAAUUGAUCUUCGAUUUCGUAACUGACAAACGUCACCACAAUGGAGUUUCGUGUUGCAGCCGUCAUCCUCUUGAUCGCAGUGUCAGCAGUUUACAGUCAAGAUGUCAUGACUCUGUGUAGACAGACACAGAUCAGAGCCGGAUCACAUUUUGUGAGAUCACCACAUAACUGCAGUGAAUUCUUCGCAUGUGAAAGCAGAGUUCCUAGCCUGCUGGCAUGUGGUAAGGGCUCUGUCUUUUCACAAUCUCAGCAGGUCUGUGUGUUGCCGAAAAGCCAAUAUGAUGACUGUGGUCGUCAAGUUUAUGGAGGCAGAUUCGAGGACCCCCUCUGUAACCAACGUCCAUUUGGACUGGUACCAGACCCUGAUGACUGCAAUAGGUUCGUUCCUUGCUUCAAUCGUACCUCAUAUCCUUCAAUGGCGUGUCAACAGGGACUUCAUUUUAACUUCAAUGAGCAAAGAUGUACCUCAAUGGAUAAAGCCAAUUGUAGAAGACAAUAAAUGGUUUACGUCUUGUAUAAAUGACCAAUCGGCUGGCUUUCUUUUAUGAAUCCAGCUAUCGUAGCAGUAGUGAAUAGUAGCAUUUUUCUAAAAAUAAAAUAAAAGUUUCUCUA